UGGAGUUUGGAUAGUAACUAACAGCGCGUCCUUCUAUCAGUGUUCUAGAAGAGCCGUUCAGCGAUCAUCAUGUUCAACAGUGUCCUCGCACAGUUUGAAGAAGACCCGUUCUUCUCCGAUCCGUUCCAGGUGCAUCAUGAGCACAUGCGGCAAAUGAUGAGGAGUUUCUCUGACCCCUUCUGUCACGGCUUCAUGCCCAGCAUGACAGAUGGCAGACAGAGAGGUCACAGGGGUCUCAGGGGUGAGGAUCACCCUAACACAAGCAAGAAUUUUCGUAAUGACAGAGAACUGGAUUUCUUCAGCAAUCCUUUCUCUAUGAUGGACAACAUGAGGAACAGAAUGAAAGAGAUGCACAGAAAUGUUGGGAAUAUGGCGUCAGACUCCAACAGCCACUCGUUUUCCUCUUCUUCUGUCGUUACGUACUCGAAAGUCGGAGAUGAGCCCGCAAAAGUGUUCCAGGCAUCUUCACAAACCCGCUGUGCACCUGGAGGAAUAAAGGAAAUGAGGAAGUCUCUGCAGGACACUGAGAGUGGACUACAGAAGAUGUCCAUCGCUCAUCACAUUCAGGACAGAGGACACGUGGUUGAGAGGAAAGAGAACAAAAAGACUGGAGAGAAAGUACUCAACCAGGACUUCCAGAACAUGGAUGAAACGGAGGCGCAGUCGUUCGAUGAGGAGUGGCAGAGGGAACUGUCCAGAUUCCAGGUUUCUUCUCCCAUGUGUCGUCUGGAAGCCCCAACACAUCGAGCUGUGCACCGAGCAGCCAUCAACGCACCACCGCAGAUGCGCAAAGACGCCAAAGCAGCUGCAGGAAAAAAACACACAUUUCAAUCAAGUCAACGUUAAAGGCUCCGGUGUGAAGAAACAAUGAAAACACAUUCACAAUAAAACAUAUUUGAUACUCACUAGAUCACACAGUACACGUGUCUCUGUAGUAUUUAGUGUGACUUAUUUUGAUGAACAUAAUAAUAAUAAAGUUAUUUUCUCUGGGAGGCAUUUCUCACUAUGAAUGUGAUAUGAACUUCUCUUUUUCUCAGUUCUUUCUCUCUCAAUGUGUCUUUUCAUUUCCUACACAUGUAUUAGGAUGAACUACUGAUGUUACUGUUCUCUAAUACACUUGCUCUUGAAACCUUCCUUUGCUGUAUACAUUUGUAAAAAUCACAAGACUUUUAUAUAAAUGUUUCUCAUAGUUUUGACUUUGUUGCUUGUGUGAUAAUGUUAUCAAGCCACUCUUAACAGGAGGUUAUUUAUUUUAUUAUCUUUUUUUACUAAUUGGUAUGUUUAUUUCCCCAACCUUAAUCACAAAUAAUAAAUGAACUAAUAUAGCAAAUAAUAAACUAUUAACUGAUCUUUAAAUACUUUGCAACUGCAAACUGUAAUCCUGCAGUUUCUUUUGUCU